AAUUUCAUUUUAACCAUUCAGAUUUUUACCUUAUUUUCUACCAUUAUACUACAAUUAUAGACAUAGCUACCAUUAUCACCAAUUUGAUUAGCUUAUAUUUGCAUUAAGAAAAGUUAUUCCUAUUAUUAUCAUAUUUAAAAAGCAAGCGUAACUACUAAUCAUUAUCUCAUUCUCACCCCUCACCCUGCCCCCCCUAUUAGUAAGAAAGGAUGAGUUCUCCAAAAAGAAGAAUCGAGAAGGAUGUAAUGGAACUCAUGAUGAGUGACCAUGACGUGACGUUGGUAAACGAUUCUAUCCAGAAGUUUGAAGUGCUUUUCCAUGGUCCUGUUGAUACUCCUUAUGAAGGGGGUACUUGGAUAGUAAGAGUCGAAUUACCUGAUCAAUACCCUAUAAAAUCUCCAUCUAUUGGAUUCAGUAAUAAAAUCUAUCAUCCUAAUAUCGAUGAAGGCUCAGGUUCAGUAUGUCUUGAUGUGAUUAAUCAAACUUGGUCUCCUAUGUUUGGGUUAUUAAAUAUCUUUGAAAAUUUCCUUCCUCAUUUAUUAAGAUAUGCCAACCCGGGUGAUCCAUUAAAUACUGAAGCUUCAAAUCUUAUGCAAAAGGAUGAAAAUAAAUAUAAUGAAAUGGUUAAACAAUUUGUAAGGCAGUAUGCCACCAAUGUCAGAUUGGAAGAUGAUCAAGAUGAAGAAUUAGACGAUGAAGAUGAUCAAGACGAUGAACUUAGUGAUGUAGGUAGUUUAUCAAGUGAUGAUGAAGAUGAAGAUCAACCAGUUGGUAACCUUGACUUAUAGUUUAAUCCCCUCAAUACUUCCCCCCUCGUCAUCUACCCCCUUAUAAGGUAAAAAAGAUACUGGUUAUUUUUAAAUUUCAAUUUACCAAUUU